AUGAAUAUAAUAAAAAACUUUGAUAUUUUCUCUUAACCUAUUUAAUUUAAUGCGUAUAAUUAAAAAAUAAGAAAGAGAUCAUUCUUCGGAGCCUUCUUAACUAUUUCUAUAGUGAUAACAACUCUAAUGUAUUUCAUCUAUUUGCUAAACCUGUUUUUUACUAAUCAAAUUGAUCCUAAAUUUAGAAUGCAAAGUUUUGUUUCAAAAGAUGCCAUAGAUAUUCCUUUAGAUAAUGAAUUUGUUGGGCUUCAGUUUUCGUACAAUUACUAGAAUGGUAAAUAUUAAAGCUUGAGUGAAAUAGAGGCUCAGUAAAACAAAACAUACCUUAUGUUUAUACCUAUUUUAUUAUAGUCAAAUGCAACGAGUUACAAUGUUACACGUCUAAAUAUGACAAAAUGCUAAAAUUAACUUUUAGAUGGUUAUGAUUGCAUAGAUUUUGAUAGCUAUAAAAACUUAUCUUUAACUAUGGACAACAAACUAAAUCUUAAAUCUUACUUAGUUAUUACAGCUUACAGAUGCUAAGACACUGAUUCAAUAAAAACUUUUGUUCCUAAUAAUUGCGCAAACUCUAGUGAAAUAGAUAAAGCAGUCAUAUAUGGAUAACAAAAUAUAAGAUUAAAAACCACAUAAUUUAAUACUUCAUCAAAUAAAAUUGAAACAAAUUUUAAAAAUUAGUUUAUGCAUAAUUUUAAUGGCUAAAUAGGUAUAGGUUCAAUUCAAACAACUAAGCAGAUAACUAAUGUAAAAUCAGGGUUUUUAAUUCAGAAUAAGGAAACAUUUUAUGGCCCAAUAUCACACACUUUCUCUCAACAAACUUUAGAUAAAGCUAGUUAUAUUAAGCAAACAGGAAAUAAAUUGAUUUAUGAAAUUUACAUAAGUGUUGAUGAGAAUAUUUAGCUUUUUAGUAUACAAUAUCCUACCUUUCCUGAUAUCUUGGCUCUUUGCAAUAGUACCUUUAGCUUUAUGAUGAUUUUAGGUUUCUUUGCUAGGAAAAUAGCUCAAAAAAUGAUUAUUUAAGAGAUGUUCAUCUUAAUUUUACAAAAUAUUUAUUAAGAGACUUAUUCUAAGAUAUUGAAAAUAAAUAAAUUUGUAUAAUUCAGCUUGGAUUUGAAGCUCAAACAAAUGCUAGUAGCUAAAAAGGUAGAAGAAGCAGCAAACAAAGAAGAAGACGAUGAUAAAAUUUCUGAAAAAUCUAGCCCUAUAAUAAUUCCAUAUACUUCACCUAAGAUUGGCCAUACUAGAUUUACAAUAAAUACUGAUUUAAUUAACGAAGAGCAGUAGUCUAUUUAAGAUUAGAAUUCCAUCUAUACUUCUUUAGAGCAAAAAACAGAAUUAACUAGGUAAGAUUAUGGAAGUAGGAUUUAAAGUGCUAGACUGAUAUAUAAAAAAAGAAACAAUUCUAUCACAAAUAAAAAUGCAAUAUAGUCGCCAAUUCAACUUAAAAAUAAAUUCAAAAUUAAUUUAUUUAAUUAAAAUUCAACAAAAGCAGAGUCCCCUUCUUCAUUCAAUUUUAUCAAUUAACAAAAAAGUCCAACCUAACAAGAUACAUUAUCAAGGACAUAAUAAUGCAAUUAAACUGCAACAGAUGUUUUAGAUGACUAAAGUCUCUUUUAGACAUUAAGCAAAAAAAUAAAAGCUCUAAGUGAAAAGCCAAUUUCAUAGAAAGUACAAAACCUUCUUUUUAAAACAAGGCUAUGCAAAAAAAGGAAGUUUUUAGAAUCUUAAGGAUUAAAUAAAUAAAUGAUAACUGAUAUGGAAGAAUAAGUAAAUGAUAGUUUAGACUACUUUAAGAUUUACUAAGACAUUCUUAUGUUAAAGAAAGCUAUAUUUAUUCUUUUAAGUAAAGAGCAACUGGCAGCAUUACAACUAGUAGGUUUUUCUGAUAAUUAAGCUCGAUCAUUAACAGAUUUGAAUUCUAAGAGAGAUAUAUUUUCAGCAUAAAUUGGCUAAAGAGAUAAAAAUUAUUUUGAAGAGCAAUUUAAUAUACACAAAUCAAGCGAAAUACAAGCCUAAUACAUUUACUAAUUUAUAUUAAAAUGCUAAAAAUAAAAAAACUUGAGCAUAGUAGAUGAAAGAUUGCUUUCUUCUUUAAAAAUAAACCAUUCAAACUGA